GCCUCACCUGGGAGCGCGCCGGGUGGGCAGGAGGACAGGAGGGGGCAGCGCAGGAGGCAGGGGGUCUAUGAGGUCUGUGUGUUUGUGCACAGACGGAUGGCUGUGCACCCCUCAGACGCGUGCGUCCCAUUCGGGCGUGCAUCCCAAACACGCACACAUGAGCUCAGCUGAAUCCCACAGCACCAUGAACCCCCCCCCACAGCCCUCCUGCAUGGCAGAUGUGACCGCCAGCGUGGCACAGCCGAGACACAGACAGCUCACGCUGUGCACACACACACACACACACACAAACACGCACCACCAGACGUGCAUCCCCCCGUGCACGGGGCCGUGGGCGCAGUGGUGUCCGCGUGCCAUCCCAACCCCAGCGUGCCUGCGUGGGCCGCGUGCUGCGGUGCCUGGCGGUGUCACGGCGCCCGCGUGGGCGUGAAGUUGUGGGGUGGGGGUGCCACCCCCCGCGGCCCCCAUUGGCGGCUCUCCUCUCGCCCACCCACGCCGUGCCACGGGCAGAGCCCCUUAUUUAACUCCGCGGUGGAGGCAGCGGUGGGGCUUCAUCUCCAUCGGGCUGAGCGUGCUGAGAGCCAUCGGUGCAGCCACCAGCGAGGUCACAGCCGGCGCUGAGCACCCUGCACUGCGUCCCUGCACCCCUCACCAGGUCCUCACAUCAGGUACUGCAUCCCUGCACCCCGCACCAGGUCCCUGCACCAGGACGAUGCGGAGCCGCGCGCUGCUCGCCGUGCUCGCCCUGGCGCUGCCGUUCGCCCUCUCCGCCCCGCCGGGCUCCGCGCCGCGCUCCCAGAGGGGUCCCGGCCCGGAGCAGCUGUCCUGGAGAGCCCGGGGCAGCCCGGGGGCCGCCGUCGCCGCUCUUCUGCAGCUGCUGCGGGAGGAGGAGAACGGUCCCCCGGCGCCCGCGCCUCCUCAGAAGCGGGAUAUGCACGACUUCUUCGUGGGGCUCAUGGGGAAACGGGCGGCGGAACCCGGGAGGGCGGCGGGGGGGCGGCGGGGGCGCGGCCCGGGCAGGACACGCUGACCGCGGCCCCUCCGCCCGCUGCUCCCCAGGACCCCCUCCGGACGGCGUUCGGGCUGCCGGUCCCCCCCGCCCCGCGCCGUGAGGAGCGGCUUCGACGGGGCGGACGGGACGCAGCGGAGCCGUCGCGGGAGCCCCGGGGCCGCGCUGAGAGCGGAACGCGCGUGUCCGAACCGCGCUGUACGCGCACCGCACGCAUACAGCACCGCACAGCCCGCAGCCGCGCCCGCCUCUGUGUGUCUGUGCCGGGGUGGGGGGGGGCGAGGGGGGGAGGGGGGGGGAAGGGGAGGAGCGCGCCGCUUAUCGCGACCCUCCCCGUAUCGCGACCCGGACCGCCCCGCGUUCCCCCCCGCAGUUCCCCUCCGGGCCGCUGCGGCGCUGUGGCCCCGUCGGAGCGGGCGGGCGGCGGAAGGCGGCUCCGGUGGCGGCGGGCGCGGGCGCUCGGAGCGGCGGGCGGAGGGCGGAGGGCGGGGCGGCGCCUUUGUGUGAGCGAGCGGGGAUGGUGCGGGGCGCCGGGCGGAGCCCCUUGCCCUGCCACUCGCUGGAUGCCGGGCAGCACCUGCUGCCCCCGCAGCUGAUGAGGGCGUGAAGGAGCAGCUGAGCAGGAGUGGCCCCCCCAGCUGCUAAGAUGGGCAUGAGGAUCAAACUGCACAGCACCAACCACCCCAACAACCUGCUGAAGGAGCUCAACAAGUGCCGCCUCUCCGAGACCAUGUGCGACGUCACCAUCCUGGUGGGCUCGCGCUCCUUCGCCGCGCACAAAGCCGUGCUGGCCUGCGCUGCUGGAUACUUCCAGAACCUCUUCCUGAACACGGGGCUGGAUGCAGCUCGCACCUACGUGGUGGACUUCAUCACGCCGGCCAACUUCGAGAAGAUCCUCAGCUUCGUGUACACCUCGGAGCUCUUCACCGACCUCAUCAACGUGGGGGUUAUCUACGAGGUGGCGGAGCGGCUGGGCAUGGAGGACCUGCUGCGUGCCUGCCACUCCACCUUCCCCGACCUGGAGAGCGCAGCCAUCCCCAAACAGCCCCCCCUGACCGCAGGGGACGCCCGGCCCGGUGCUGUGGGCAGCGCCUCAGAGCAGAGCCCGGCGCUGGGGGACGCCCGGGGGAGCGCGGAGCACUUCGGUGUGGAGCGUGGCUAUGUGCUGCAUGGGGAGGGAGGGGGCAGCUACAAGGAGGAGGAGAGGAGCGACGGCGGCCAGGCUGUGCCCCUGCUGCAGCCCCCGCUGCCCCCCAAGGAUGCAGAGCCGGGGCCCUUCGGUCCUGGUGCCGUCGCAGCAGCGCAGCCCGGGUUGGGCGGUGGGAGCAUCGCGCAGAGCGCCGCGGGCUCCUGCCAGCAGUACAAGGUGCAGAGCAACGGCGACUACGGCAAAGGUGGGUUCUUCACGGCCGAUUCGUCCCUGGACAUCUCCACAGGGAGCAACUCGUGUCCCAGCAACAGUGAGCACUGCAAGGAGCCGGGCUUCGUGCCGAUGGACGAGCUGCAGCUGGAGGAGCUGGGCGAGGACGAGCUGCACUUCGAGGACGCCAGCGAGGAGCUGGGGCCGUCGGAAGAGGUGAUCGAGCUGAGUGACGACAGCGAGGAGGAGCUGGCCUUUGAGAGCGACGGGCGUGACAGCAGGGCCAUGCCCUGCCAGGUGUGCAAGAAGGUGCUGGAGCCCAACAUCCAGCUGAUCCAGCAGCACGCCCGCGACCACGUGGAUCUGCUGACCGGGAACUGCAAGGUGUGCGAAACCCACUUCCAGGACCGCAACUCCAGGGUGACCCACGUGCUGUCCCACAUCGGCAUCUUCCUCUUCUCCUGCGACAUGUGCGAGACCAAGUUCUUCACGCAGUGGCAGCUCACCCUGCACCGCAGGGAUGGGGUCUUCGACAACAACGUGGUCGUGCACCCCAGCGACCCGCUGCCCGGCAAGGCGGGUGCCUUCGCCGCAGGGUCGGGCGCGGAUUUGGCGUGCGCUGCAUGCGGGAAACCUUUGGCCAAAGAUUUCCACACCGUCCGCAACCACCUCCUGGACCACGUCAACCUGAAGAGCCAAACGUGCGGCGUGUGCGACCAGCGGCACCUGAGCCUGUGCAGCCUGCUGUGGCACGCGUUGGCACACUUGGGCAUCGCCGUCUUCUCCUGCUCCGUGUGCGCCAGCAGCUUCGUGGACCGGCAGCUGCUGGAGAAGCACCUGGCCGUGCACCAGAGCGCCGAGGAGGCUUUGUUCCGCUGCCACUUCUGCGGGCAGAGCUUCAAGCUGGAGGCGGCCUAUCGCUACCACGUCAGCCAGCACAAGUGCGGCAGCGGCGUGGACGCGCGUCCCGGCUUCGGCGAGCGGCUGCAGCCGCAGAGCUUGCAGAAGAGGAAACUGCCCGAGGAGUUCUUGAGCGAGGAGUUGGCGCUGCAGAGCCAGCCGGGCAACAGCAAGUACAGCUGCAAGGUGUGCGGGAAGCGCUUCGCCCACACCAGUGAGUUCAACUACCACCGGCGCAUCCACACCGGGGAGAAGCCGUACCAGUGCAAGGUGUGCCACAAGUUCUUCCGCGGCCGCUCCACCAUCAAGUGCCACCUGCGGACGCACUCGGGCGCCCUGAUGUACCGCUGCACCGUGUGCGGCCACUACAGCUCCACGCUCAACCUGAUGAGCAAGCACAUCGGGGUGCACAAGGGCAGCCUGCCCCCCGACUUCACCAUCGAGCAGACUUUCAUGUACAUUAUCCAUUCCAAAGACGCGGAGAAGAACGCAGACAGCUGAUGGGGCGAGGCAGAGCAGGGCCGGGAGGAGCUGCGGAAGAGCGUCGUUGGUUUUAUGGACCGGUCAGGCGUCGUGGAUGGAUUCCUCCUUUUUUUUUUGCUUUCUUCUUUUUUUUUUUUUUGUUUUUGUUUUUGUUUUUAAUUUUUUUGGCCUUGCUGGGGCUCUUUAGACUGUACGAACCAACAGCACGUAAGCUACGUCACUGUUCCCGAGAA